GUUAAAUUAACAAUUCAAUUGCAUCACAUUGUCGCUGCUCUGCCGAUGAUUUCUGCUAGAGCGUAUUGACGAAGCUGUCCGGACAUCGACGGUUUUGGCAACUGGGCAUACGCAGACAGCAGUAUAAUAGACGUUUAGCAGCUUAGAUGCUUAGGUAUUCGUUAUGGAAAAGCUGCUUUCACAGCGCGGAUAUCGACAGCGAAACCUGCCACAUCGGCGACGGUUCGUGUCACAACCUACAGUCACUCAUCGGCCAUGGAAACACCGUAACGUCAAGACGACAAGACCGCGCUUGGUGGCGCAAGCUAACCCUCACAACUCGCAAAGCUAAAGCUUCUCACGGCUGGCCUCCCGAAAGGAAUUGCGCUUGCAAGGAGUCGUCCCGAGCCCCCAUCCGCCAGCAUGUGGAGGGUCACCCAGUCCCACCGCCUCAAAGAGGGGCGCCAGAGUUCACGGCGCCGUUCGUGCCAGAGCCGUUGGGCCCAACAUCAGCUGGGCAUUUAUCAGGAGCUGAUGACGACCACGCUUACCAGCAGCAGCAGCAGCAGCACGCUUCGGUACAAGAGGAACUCCUCAAUGAGUUACUGCAACUCGAGACAAACAUGUUUACAACAUUGGACACAGGCACAUGCACGGGAUGUUUGGAUCCCGACAUGGGGCCGUUGCAGCCGCCGCUGCAGCGGCAAGAGCUGUCAGCGGUUGUGCCGGCGAGUGACAGCGACUUACUCAGCGGGGACUUCUUGGUCAUUGACGCCGAGUCCUGGGCGGACGAGCUGUGCGGGACUGCUAUUCCGGCGACGAUUUCGACGGCCCAUGAGAGUACGUUCAUCGUUGACCAGUGGGCUGUGAUGAAGCAGCUUCGGCUGAGUGCUAG